GGUUAGGAAGAGAAGUUAUCUAUCAGUGAACACUGUACAGAGACUCAGAGCUCAAGUGAGCUGUACGGGGGUAGCCCGUUCUUGGGGGCCGGGGACCCACACAACAUAUCGUUCCCUCUACUGAGACAGGGGUCCAAUUUUACCGUCCCACCAAACAAACUCCACAUAGCCAGCAAGAUACCCCAGGGUGUGGGCACAAUAAACCACCGCAGCGCCAGGGUAGCCCAGGCUGGCGGAUCCAUCGGGUUUCCGCCUAUAGUAUGCGCUGAAAAUGCCUAUCUUACUUUUCCUCAUAGACACGUCCGCCUCUAUGAACCAGCGCACUUAUUUGGGUACCACCUAUCUGGAUAUUGCCAAAGGCGCGGUAGAGAUAUUUAUGAAGCUGCGUGCCCGGGAUCCUGCUAGUAGGGGCGACAGGUAUAUGCUGGUUACAUAUGACGAGCCACCAUACUGCAUCAAGGCGGGCUGGAAGGAAAACCAUGCAACGUUUAUGAAUGAACUGAAGAACCUUCAAGCAUCUGGUCUCACAACUCUUGGCCAGGCACUGAGGUCAUCUUUCGAUUUGCUCAAUUUGAAUAGAUUGGUAUCUGGAAUCGACAAUUAUGGACAGGGAAGAAAUCCGUUCUUUUUGGAGCCUUCCAUUUUAAUUACGAUUACUGAUGGUAACAAGUUAACAUCAACUGCAAGUGUUCAGGAGGAGCUUCAUCUUCCUCUAAAUUCCCCUUUACCGGGAAGUGAACUUACUAAAGAACCAUUCCGUUGGGAUCAGCGACUGUUUGCACUUGUGCUUCGCCUUCCAGGGGCAUCAUCUGUGGAGCCAGAACAGGUGGGCGGUGUGCCCUCAGAUGACUCUGCUAUCUCUCAGAUGUGCGAAGUAACAGGAGGUCGUUCCUACUGUGUCAGGACACAAAGAAUGUUGAACCAGUGCUUGGAGUCCCUGGUUCAAAAGGUUCAAAGUGGAGUUGUCAUCAACUUUGAGAAGACUGGGCCUGAUCCUACUCCCAACAGUGAAGAUGGGCUUGCUGAUUCCCUCAGACCUACUCAUUCGUUUGCUCCGCAAGCAUGGCAUACCUGCCAUAAGCUUAUAUAUGUGCGACCAAAUCCAAAAACUGGUGUUCCUGUUGGACAUUGGCCAAUUCCUGAGUCUUUCUGGCCUGAUCAGAACUCUCCAACAUUACCACCUCGUACAGCUCACCCAGUGGUGAGAUUUUCAUGUUUGGACUGUGAACCCAUGGUUAUUGACAAGCUUCCUUUUGAUAAGUAUGAACUUGAACCAUCCCCACUAACACAGUUCAUUCUAGAAAGGAAAUCUCCUCAUACCUGCUGGCAGGUAUUUGUGAACAGUAGUGGAAAAUACAGUGAGAUUGGUCAGCCUUUUGGGUAUUUAAAAGCAAGCACCACUUUAACCUGUGUAAAUCUCUUCGUCAUGCCCUACAACUACCCAGUAUUGCUUCCUUUACUUGAUGAUUUGUUCAAGGUACACAAACUAAAGCCAACUCUGAAAUGGCGUCAGACCUUCGACAAUUACUUAAAGACUAUGCCCCCUUACUUUUUAAUGCCACUGAAGAAAGCACUACGAAUGAUGGGAGCACCAAAUUUGAUAUCUGAGAAUUUGGACUGUGGUCUUAGUUAUAGUGUUAUUUCAUAUCUUAAAAAGCUCAGCCAGCAGACAAAAAUUGAAUCUGAGAGAAUAAUUGCAUCUGUAGGGAAGAAAGCCCCACAGGAGACCGGAAUUAAAGUAAAGAAUAACUCCACCAGGCUGUCCUUGGUUCAUAACAGAGAUUUUAAACAGUUGCUACAAGGGUUUUGCAAUGAGUCAUCUAUCCGAGUUUCUGAAAUUAAUGUUAAAGAAUUCCCAGGCUUUCAAGUUGGGCUUUUAAAUAAGGAUCUGAAGCCCCAGACCUACCGAAAUGCUUAUGACAUUCCACGCCGAAAUUUAUUAGAUCAGCUGACUAGGAUGAGGACCAAUUUACUGAAAACCCAUAAGCUUAUUGUUGGACAAGAUGAAGAUUGUCUUCACAGUGUUCCUGUAGCUCAGAUGGGCAACUACCAAGAAUAUCUUAAAUCUAUGCCCUCUCCCCUUCGAGAGAUUGAUCCAGAUCAACCAAAAAGACUGCAUACCUUUGGAAACCCUUUUAAACAGGAUAAGAAGGGUAUGAUGAUUGAUGAAGCAGAUGAGUUUGUUGCUGGGCCUCAGAAUAAAAUCAAGCGGCCAGGAGAGUUGAACACUCCAGCUUCUCUAAAGAGAAGGAGGAGCAUGUCUCCGCUGUUACUUCGUAGGCCCCAGACACCACCUAUUAUCACCAACCAUGUUGGAGGGAAGGGGCCCCCUACUUCGCCUGGAGGCUCCAUUACACAUAACCUAAUCAAGCCGAUUCCUGUGCAUAAAGACACUAAUAAUGUGCUAACUGCAGAAGGGAACGGAGAAAGGUUGGAUAAUGGUCAGCCCCUGGAGAAACAGAUGGACGGAUUGCCUCCACUAAUUGUUUCUUCUGCUCUAGAUGACGAGGUUGUUGUCUCUAAUGACUUUCAUACUGUAACUGAUGAACUAAAUUGCUUUAGUGAUGAUGGUUUGGAGCAGAAGCCAGUUAAUAACGUGAAAGGGCCAUCAGACAACUAUAUGCCUGCUGAAGAGUCUGGAGAUGUUCAGGAAUGCACUUCUGGAAGCUGUGUGCCAAACACACUAAAGAGAGUGCACAGUAUGAUUGAAGGGUCUAAUGCAGACAUUAAAAUUAAAGUCAUGAAAGAAGUUCGUAAACCAGGAAGAAAUUACGAAAAAAUAUUCACUCUCCUUGAGGAAGUGCAAGGAUCACCUGAAGUACAGAAAACCUUUAUUGAAUUUACUAUCAAAGAAGCCGCAAGGUUUAAAAAACGAGUCUUAAUUCAGCACCUAGAAAGAGUUUUAUCCAAUGUGGAUUACAGUGGUUUGCCAAACAGCUUAAAUCAUAUCAACAGCAGAUAACACUGUACCUGGAUGAUAAUGAGGCCCAGGGAUGAGUUUGCUGUCGCAGAAGGAAGAUGACACGGUGACCUCCUUCAACACCUUGCACCUCGGGACACUUUCUGGCCAGAGACAGAGGGCAAGAGGCAGAGUAAACAGAUUAAGAAGUUGAGCUCUAAGCUUCAGGACUUGCUAUGAACUGUGAGGCUUUUUCUGUGUGGAGGGUGCCGCCCGCUGACCAGGCUGGAGAAAAAAAACCCUUGGUGGCCCUCCUACAGGUGAUGAGCUUACUCAUUUCUCAGUACAGAUCAUGCCUAUGCUGUAGAGAGAAUUUGAGGGAGCGAGAGACAAACUCAAUCUUUUGGGACAGGGCAGAGUGCACCAUCUGCUGGGCUGAGGUGCCAGCCGCGCAUGGUGCAUUUGUGAGUGCAUGAGGUAGCUUGUCCCUUUGACCUUCUCAGAAUAGCCAUUCUGUAUUCAGGACAGUUGAAGACAGCCCUUUGACUGUAUCCCUCACUGUAGGCCACUAAACAAUCUACCUCAGACUCUCUUCUGUUUUGUCUGCAGACUUUAAGAAAGUGCACCUGAGACCCCCAGGUCCCCGACUUCUUUCAUCCUGUGAGCAGGACGGAGACUCGUCAGGUGGCAUUGCACUCGCUGUGCUUUGGAAGCACUAGAAAAGGAAAAGAUUUUUUUUUUAUAAUAUGUACUUUUAAUGUUCAUACAGAGAAAAAAAAAUAUUUUGAAAACAGUAUUGUUAUUAGACCAGUAAUUUGUGAUAUUUUAUCUUGUAUAAAGUGGUUCUGAAAUGUGUACAGAUAUAUAUACAUACAUAAAUAUAUAUAUAUAUAAUAAACAUUUUUUAUUAAUUUUUAAA